AUGCGUGAGUUAGUUUUAGUUCGUAAGCUAGAAGAGACAACUAACAAUUACAUUAAUGAUGAUAUCAACCAAUUAAAGCCAUCAUCAAAUGACAAUUUGGAAUUAUCAAAUAAAUUAGAAGACACAUUUACAGCCAAAGAAAUAAAAGAAAGUCUUAAAGAGUUCUUUUUACAUAAGCAACCUUAUAACAUCAAUAAAGACAAGUCUAAAGGUGAACACGAGACAUUAAAGUUAAAUAAUAAUAAUAUCAAGAUAUUUACAUCAACGGUUCAAACAGAAAUAAAAGAAGAGAUUGUUAAUGGUAUAUCAGCUGAUGAAAGUGGGGUAAGUUCUAUUGAAGCAAUAACUACAACUAAAAUAGUCAUAUCUGAUUCUUCAAAGGAACUAAGUCCCGAUGAGAAACGUCAAAGAGCUGCUGCGACUCGUUCAAAACAAAGCAUGGAAUUAAAAAAUCUCAUGAAACAAAAGAAGCGCGAACAAAAUUUAGAUAAUAAUGAUGAAACUAUUAUGUUUGUUCCUAAAAAUUUAAUUGAUUCGCUAAAUGAACAAAAAAAAAAAUCUGUUAAUACAACGGCAGCAGAUGUUGAAUCAGAUGGAUCAGUAGAUUUGGAUGAUUUGAUUGGCCAAAUCAGUGAUUUAGAGUCAGGAACUGUUUUAAGAAAUCUCACACCAUCAACUACUCCUUUAGCUACUCCUUUACGAGGUCCGUCACCAAACUCGCAAAUUUCAUCUUCAACCUAUAAUCUAACAAGACCUACUAGUACCAUAGCUGAGGAAGAUGAAAAUCUAAGUGAUACUCCACUCGAAGUGGACAAGCAAGAAGCAGAUGAUCUUUGGAAAACCUCAAAUACAAAUAAGGAAUUCGAUAUGGAAUCAAAAGAAGAGGAUGAAUUAGAUUUGUUAUUAGACACAGAAAUCAUGCCAAUUUUAAAACCUUCUUCACCAUCACCUGUUCCCACACCAAAUUCUUCAUUGUCUGGUGGUAAAAUGGGAAUUCCUUCCGGCCUAUCCAAGUCUGCAUUUUAUAGCUUAAGUUAUGUAAGAUCACCAUUAUCACCCAAUUCAUCGCAAGCUUCAUCUGUGGUAGAUCCUGAGGAAUUUGAAACAUUAUCAAACGGAUCUCAUACUUCUACUAGCUCAAGAAGUAUUUCUGCGUCUGGGAUAAGAAGACCAUCGAACACCACAGGAAUAAGAUCACCAACUCGUAAUGAUAGAAGUCCAUCUAAAAUAGCAAGAUCUGGUGCUUUGUCCCCAAGGUAUCCGAGAUCAUUAAGUCGCGCGAGUAAUAGUUCAGCCGAAGAGAGUACCACUUCGUCUAUUGGUGGAGCAAUAUCUCCAACAAGAAUUGCGUCACCGACCAGAGGAUAUCACUUAUCAAUGUAUAAUACUCCUACAAGUUUCCGUCAAAGAUCCAUCAGUGGUGUUAGCAGUAGUUCAGCAGAUGAGAUUUUAUCAAGACCACAAACAUCACCCCCUACAUAUAGAUCAUUAAGUAGAAUUGGUGGAAAUAUCGGAGGAAAUAAAUCAUCCACUUCAACCGAUUCACCCAAGCAAAUUCGCAGUAGCUUGCCGCCACCAUCGUCAUCGACUAAAAAUAAUGCCAAAACUUCUAAAACUGGACCUAAACGCCCUACUUCACAACCAGCAUCUUCAAAUAUUACUUCUUCAGGUUUAUUAAGUCCUUCUAGCAGAGCAGGUAUAACUAAUUCUCGUAACAAUAAUGUUCCAGCAAAUGAUAGUCAUGACGAACAUUCAGGUUCAAGUAUGAUUUUUAGUCCUCCAGAAUCACCUGUUGGUAGUUCAGAAACAGAGUCUUUAACAAGUACAAUGUCGUAUGGGUCUUCUGCUGGUAGAGUAGCAUCACCAUCACAAGUUUAUAAUAAUAAUUCAAAUAAUUUUUCAAUGCUUCCAUCACCGACUAAUUUUUCUGAUAAAAAAUCUGCAACAAUAACAGUUGCUCCUACAGUUAUCGCUUAUUCACAAAUAUCUGAAAUAAUUGAAGGGAUUUUCGAAGCGGCUAUUAAUUCCAUCGAUUCAGAUGAAGGCAUUUUAACUUAUCCUUUCAACCUCGAUCUCGACACUAAAUUGGAAGCAAUGCCCAAGAAAAAAAAGCAAAGGCUUUCUGGUUUUAUUAAGAAAGAAAAUAAGAGAUUGGAGACUAUUGAAGAAUCUCCUGUUCUUAUAGAGAAAGUAAAUACAAUAGAUGAUUUUAAUAGGCCUUCUUCAUCUUUACAAUCAUCAUCAGAACAUAGUCCAAUAUCGUUAGAUUCUACAUCAAGUUUUUUACCAUCAACAUCUUCAACUUCAUUCUCAUCGUUAAUAAUAAAUGAUUAUCCAACAAUUACAACAACCGAUCAUCCAAAUUCCAUCACUCUUUUUGAUAUUAGUAACCCACUUCAAAUUGUAGAAUAUGGUGGUAUUACUAGUUUCGACAACUUUGACACUUUGGUAGAAAUUAAAAAAAGUUAUCCGCCUAAUAACCAUGAUGAAGCUAUUAAGUCAGAUUCUUUAUCUAAUAAUGAAGAUGAUACAUCAGUCGAUCAAGAUGAUAAUGGUGAUUUUAAACGAAGAAGAACCCAAGUAAAUUAUGCUGAACCUAAUCUUCGAAAAAAACUACGUCGUGGAGAUCCUCAGACUAAUUCUUUUGGGUUAACUAAUUCAGAUUUAGAAAAAAUGUCUAAAAAAAAUAGCCGUAAAUCUUUUUCGAACAGAUAA